UCUUAAAAUAAAGUUAAUUUAGUCGUUUUAGAAAGAAGUUUGCCAUAAUGAUUUUUUAACAUACAUCAUUUAGCCAUUUAAUGGGUUAUACCCGUAGCAAAUUUAGAUAGAACGAAUUUAUAUUUAACGUUGUGUGUGCGUGUGUUUGUGUUAAUUAUGGGAAAAACAAAAACUAUUAGCAAGGGUUGUCCUAAAUGUGAACAACAGGUACCCGUCGCUUGUAAAGCUUGUCCAUGUGGGCAUUCAUUUUUUAAUGCACGACGUAAUUCCAUCAAAAGUCCUCCUAGUCCUGACAAUGGAGUUAUGAAAACGAGAAGAACUAAUCGCAUCAAACGUGAAAAGCCAAAUUAUUAUGAUGCUUUAGAAUAUGAUAAACAAACGAAAAAAAGUUCUAAGAUAAGACGUGCUGCGGAUACCUCCAGUGAUAUAGAUUGUCGUCAAUUAAAUAAAAAGAAAAAAAGAAAAGGUAAAGGAAAAGGUAAAAAUGGUAGUAGUUCUGGAUUGGGCGAUGACGACGACGAAAUGGAAGGAAUUAGUGGCUUAUCUCCUGAGAAACAGUUAACAUGUUCUCUUAUUUUACAAGAGCUUAAUAAUAAAAUGAGGGUAGUGGCAUGGAAGCCAUCAUGAAUUUAUCUGGGUGGAAGAUGUACAUAUAUAAUUAUGGGAUUAUAAGAUGUGUUUUGAUCGUACAAAUACUUUCGUCUAAAGAUAAUAACAUUAAAUGAAUGUCUUCGAUGUUUUGAAUAACGUCAAACACACAUCACAAAGCAAUAUAAUUUAAAUUAACGAAGUGAAAUAUUCUCUAUGUAUAUACAUAUUUUACAAAGAAAUAUUUUUCUUGUU